AUGGCUGAACCUCAGGACGGACAGCGUGGCCUCCAGCGGUCACCUGAGGGGACCUCAGGCGAGGCCUAUCCGGAGCUCACCUGCGUUCGUUCAGCAGCUCUUGGGAGAGUUCUGUGCGGGAUGCUGAGGAUUAGGGUCGCCUCCUUCCUUUCCAGCUUCCCAUUUGCACAGCACAGCCUUGGGCCGUAUCGCCACCCGAAGCUGCACGAGCUCCAGAAACCCGAUGCAGUCACCUCUCGCCUUUACUAUGGUGGCAAGAAAUUUAGGUACAUCGAGAAUUUGGAAAAAUGUAUUAAACUUGAAGUACUGAAUCUCAGCUAUAAUCUAAUAGGGAAGAUUGAGAAGAUGGACAAGCUGUUAAAAUUACGUGAGCUCAACUUAUCAUAUAACAAAAUCAUCAAAAUUGAAGGCAUAGAAAAUAUGUGUAAUCUGCAAAAGCUAAACCUUGCGGGAAAUGAAAUUGAGCAUAUUCCAGUGUGGUUAGGAAAGAAGUUGAAAUCUUUGCGAGUCCUCAAUCUGAAAGGCAACAAGAUAGCAUCGCUCCAGGAUGUAAGCAAGUUGAAACCACUUCAAGAUUUGACUUCUCUGGUCCUAGUUGAAAAUCCCAUUGUGACCCUUCCUCAUUACUUCCAGUUUACCGUUUUCCACCUCCGUUCCCUGGAAAGUUUGGAAGGUCAGCCAGUAACCACUCAGGAUAGACAGGAUGCUUUUGAGAGAUUCAGUUUAGGUAAGAUGACUUGAGAAGAAUGUAAACUUGAAUGGGGAAGGAAUUUAUUUUCAGAAGUUGUGUAGAAAAAAUACCGUACU